AGAAAAGAUGGUCCUUGCUAAUAAGAUGAACCGUAGUGCAUGUAACUAAAGGCGGUGGUCUAGGGAGAAAAUGUAAAAGGAGUCAGAUUUCAGUGUUGGAACCCUGAUUACAGUGACUCACUGGAGAGUCUCAGAGCUGCCUUUGUCUCACUCUGCUCUGUAACACAGAGGGAAAGGCAGCAAACUUUAUAACUAACUUUUUUUUCAUUUGGUAUACUUUGCUCACUUUUUUUAUGCUUGUGAAGAAACCCUUCAUUAUCCUCAAGAAAUGGCUUCAAGGCAAGUCCAACGGCCCUUGAGAUUGAUGUACCUAUUUUUUGGAUGCCUACUUCCAUUCAUUCUAGAUGCCCAAAUCUGGGAAGAACGAGGUACCAGAGGACAUCUUGACCUACUAGAACUGAUUGGCGUUCCUCUUCCACCUUCGGUUUCUUUUACUACCGGAUACGAAGGGUUUCCUGCUUACAGCUUCGGCCCGGAUGCUAAUAUUGGCCGCCUUACAAGGACAUUUAUUCCUCAGCCAUUCUUUAGAGAAUUUGCUGUUAUUGCUACAGUGAAACCUAACAGUGAUCAUGGAGGUGUUUUAUUAGCUAUAACAGAUGCAUUUCAGAAGAUUGUCUACUUAGGCCUCAGGCUAUCAUCAGUUGAAGAUGGCACUCAAAGGAUAAUAAUGUAUUAUACAGAACCUGGUACACAGAUUUCCAAAGAGGCAGCAUCUUUUAAAGUGCCAAUAAUGACAAAUAAGUGGAAUCGUUUUACAAUGACUGUGGUGGGAAAUGAAAUUGUCCUAUACAUGGAUUGUGAAGAAUAUCAUAGAGUUCCAUUCCAGCGAUCAAAAGAAGCACUGAUGUUUGAAGCCAGCUCUGGUAUAUUUGUUGGAAAUGCUGGAGCGACAGGCAUGGAAUCAUUCACUGGAUCCAUACAACAAUUAACUCUAAAGCCCAACCCAAGAGCUGCAGAAGACCAGUGUGAAGAUGAUGACCCAUAUGCAUCUGGAGAGGGCAGUGGAGAGGAGAAUAUAAAUGAACAAGUUGGAAUUUCUGCAACACAACAGAUUAUUCCAGAAACCCCAUCUCCGCCAAAGGCUAUCACAGGACCAGUAAAAGCACCUCCCACAGUGUCAAGCUAUGUUGAAGAGAUUGACUACUCGGGGUACUCCGAAAUCACUGAGAAAACAAUUCAGCCUAAUUCUACAGACAAAAAGAAAGGGUCUCCUGAAAAAAAAAUUGAAGACGAUAGCAAGGUUACCACUAAUGCCGAGCACACGACUGUAAAACCUGAAAGCACCCUGGAACCUGAACAUUUCAUAAAAAUAACUCAGCAGAUGGGCGAAAAAGGCCAGAAAGGAGAAACUGGAAAACCUGGCGAAACUGGCCCUCCUGGAAAGCCAGGGUCAGAACAAAAUGAAGCUCAGCCAGGUCCACGAGGACCACCUGGUCCCCCCGGAAUAGAUGGGAGAAAGGGGGACCCUGGUGUUCCUGGAAAAAAUGCUUUGCCGGGUGAAAGGGGCAUUCCUGGACUUGAGGGAAAAUCUGGUGCUAAAGGAGAAAAGGGUGAUCCUGGAAUUGGAAUCCAAGGACCUCCAGGCCUACCAGGACCACCAGGCCCAAUUAGUCCGGUAAAAGAAGCUAUAGGAGAAGAUGCCGAGGGUUCGGCAAGCGGUGAUACUGGAGGAUCUGGACAAGCAUGUCUACCUGGGCCCCCAGGUCCUAUAGGGCCCCCAGGGUCUCCAGGAGCUCCAGGAAAGCCUGGUUUGGGUGCAGGCAUGAAUGGACUUCCAGGGAAGGAUGGAAAGGAUGGAGAACCAGGGAAACCUGGACCACCCGGUGUACCUGGUUUAGAAGGUAUAAUUGGCUUCCCUGGUGUAAAAGGAGCAAAAGGAGAACAAGGUUUACCUGGUCCAGAUGGUCUAAAGGGUGAGGUUGGACCGAUGGGCCCAAUGGGUACCCCUGGAAAUGAUGGGAAACCUGGCAAUCAUGGAAUUACUGGACCUCCAGGACCACCUGGUCCACCUGGCCUGCCAGGACCUGCAUAUGGGCUUGGAUUUGAGGACAUGGAAGGCUCAGGAGAUUUUCCAAAAACAGCAGGAAUUUUAGAAACUCACGGAGUCAAGGGAGAAAAAGGAGAUCUAGGUCCUCCAGGUUUUAAAGGUGAAAAGGGGGAACAAGGCUUACCUGGAGAAAAAGGAAAAGAUGGAAAUGAAGGAAUACCAGGAUCUGAGGGAAAGAAAGGAGAAAGAGGAGACCGAGGUGAUAAGGGUGAAAGAGGAGAAGAUGGUGCCAGUAUAAUUGGACCUCCAGGCCCACCUGGACCAGUGGUAACAUUAAAAGAUUUGCUUCUUAAUGAUACAGAAGGGUUAUUGAACAUGACUGACUUCCAGCUUCAGCCUGGCAUACCAGGAAUUGAUGGAACCCCAGGAUCUCCAGGAAGCCCUGGACAAAGAGGACAAAAAGGUGAUAGAGGGAAAGCUGGUAAUGAUGGAGCAAAGGGUGAAAAGGGAGAACCAGGAGCAAUCAUAGCAGAUGAUGGAUCUUUAAUUGCUGAACUUCGGGGACAAAAGGGUGAACCUGGAUUGAUGGGACCACCAGGGCAAAUGGGGCCAAUGGGAAAGCCUGGCAUAAAGGGAGAAUUUGGUUUCCCGGGACGUCCAGGUCGACCAGGAUUAAAUGGAGUGAAAGGACCUAAAGGAGAUCCAGGAGCAUCUUCAUUGGGUCCACGAGGACUGCCAGGGCCACCUGGACCUCCUGGACCACCGGGAACUGUUGUGCACUUCAAAGGAACUGUAUAUCCAAUCCCCCCCAGACCUCACUGCAAAAUGUCUGUAGAAACAAAUAAUGGUGUAUCCAACAUGUGUGGUCAUAAAGGUGAAAAGGGUUCUUUUGGUUUGUCUGGAUCAAAAGGAGAAAAAGGUGACAUCGGACCACCAGGACCACCAGGUUUUCCGGUACCUAAUCAUUUCUUGAAUCCUUAUAUUACGGGCAUCAAGGGUGAAAAAGGAGAAAAAGGAGAUUCAAAUAACGGACUUUUCAUCCAAGCUCCUCCUGGCCCCCCUGGCAAUCAUGGUGAGAAGGGACAAAAAGGAGAGUUUGUUAUUGGUCCUAGAGGUCCUCCUGGCAUUCCUGGCCUUCCUGGACCUCCAGGAUAUGGCAUAAAUGGUCCACCAGGACCACCAGGACCACCUGGUCCACCAGGUCCCUCUUCUAUAUAUGGUUCAGUACCCGUUCCAGGACCACCAGGACCACCAGGUCAACCAGGGAUACCAGGAUCUAGAAAUUUGGCAACAACAACAAAAAAUAUUGAUGACCUGUUGCAGAAAACACAUUUGGUACCAGAAGGCACCUUAAUGUAUCUGAGUGAAAGCAGUGAGGUAUACGUACGCGUUCGAGGUGGAUGGAGAAAAGUUCAGCUUGGGGACCUGAUUUCCCUUCCAGCUGAUAGUCCUCCACCACCAGCGAUUUCAGGCCAUGGAUAUCGCCCAUUUCCUGCUCUUACUCCAGGAAUGAAUAUAGAUUAUGGAACACCAAACCUUCAUCUCGUGGCUUUGAAUUCCCCAUUGACUGGUGAUGUACGGGCUGAUUUACAAUGCUUCCAGCAGGCUCGUGCAGUCGGUUUGACAUCCACCUACAGAGCCUUCCUAUCUUCUCAUCUGCAAGAUCUCCACAGUGUUGUGAGAAAAGCUGAUAGAUUCCAUCUCCCUAUUGUGAACUUGAAGGGAGAAUUACUUUUUGACAACUGGGAAUCUUUAUUUUCUGGCAAUGGAGCACAGUUCAAUACUCAAAUACCAAUAUACUCAUUUGAUGGAAGAAAUGUAAUGACAGAUUCCACAUGGCCACAAAAAAUAAUCUGGCAUGGAUCAAGUCUGACGGGCAUCCGACUGGUUCACAACUACUGCGAAGCUUGGAGGACAUCUGAAAUGGCAGUCAGCGGACAGGCAUCUUCUCUGCGCAGUGGGAAAUUGCUAGAUCAGAGAUCAUAUAGUUGCUCAAACAAGUUUAUAGUACUUUGCAUUGAAAACAGUUAUAUCAUUGACACAAGGAAAUAAUAGUCUGUCUUUGCAGUGAGGAAAAAAACAAGACACUGAAAUUUGUAUUGUAUAUAUUGUAUUUUUUUUUUUUUUUUAACAAAUUGCACACUUUUAUAGCCAAAGAAAACAUACCUCAUAUAACAAGUAAAGAAUUGUAGUGGAACACUUAUUCCAGUCUGUAUUUUGGUGCUAUCGUCUAGGAGGGAGAUGCUGAUAAGAAACAAUACAGUACUUGUGUUAGACAUGGGCUGGAAGACAAAUCUGACAAAGCCUAAUACACUGCAAUUUAUUUUUCUAGGUAGUGAAAUCAUAUGUUUGAGGGUGAAGUUUUCUUCUUUUAACUGAAUGUUUGAAUGUAAAAUAUUAAACACGUCCAUUAACUAUUUGAGUGUUAGUUGUGCCACCUGCUCCCGUUGGCUUAUAAAGUUACACCUCCUUGUUGGUAGUAUACAAGUUCAUGUGUGUUUGUAUGACAUACAUGGUUUCUCUAACAUUAUAUUUGAGCAAGUUAAAUCAAGUGGCACAAAUUAGGCUAAAAUAGAGGAUUUGGGGGGAAAAAAAUCUCUUCGGCUUUAGCCAUGGAUCAGUUUUGCCAUUUGGAUUUAAUUCUCAAAAAUGUGUUACUAAGUUAAUAACCAUGUAUAUGUCUUUGACUGGUGUAUGCCAUCCCAAAAUGAUCACACAUUUAAUGUAUAAGAAAGUUCUGCUGGCAGUGAAGUGGUUAGUAAUGUUAGCACUCACUAAAUUAAUUUAAGCUUGGGGCAGAGUAACCAUGUGUUCAUUCAGGCACAGAUCAAGAGCCAAGGAGAGCCCAAACAGGCCAAGGUCACCAAGCUUACUGCCCCAGAUUGGCCAGCCUUUAAAAUGGAAAUGUUCAGGAUCACGUUUUACACAAAAGCCUGUUUUGCUGUCAGCCUUUACCCGGGUAAGUCCAACACUAAGCACUAGAGAGGCAGCGUGUUCACAAAUGAAAAGCCUAUGGAAAACAAACAAAGAAAAAAAAAAUCAUAAAAAAAUAAAUAAAUAAUAUAUGCUGCAUUUCUAUAAAGCAAAAAUGCAGUCACUUCAAAGCCAUUAAUAUAUACUCUAAACUGUCAAAUAGAGGAUAUCCAUGAAUUAAAAAUAACAUAUUUACUUUAGGAUGUAUGUCUCCCUUUUCAAAGAAGUUUAUUUAUAAUAGAAAAUAACAGCUUUUUUUAUAUAUAUUUAUAAAAGAUAAGUAGGAUGUCACUCAUAGAAAGUCUGAAAAUCAAUUCAUUUAAAAGUCCAGCGAGCGUGCUUUUGUUCUUGAAUUUUGGACGCCAUGACUGCUUAGUUCCCAUUUUCUCCAGAGGUUAUAUGGGUGUUUUUAGAUAUUUUUUUUACUUAUCUUAAAGUUGUGUCACUAUAGUUAAAAAAAAGAAAAAACACUAAAAUAGGUGAAUUAAAAGGACUUACAUUAUAUCACUAAUUAAAGAUAUAGUAGUAUAAACUAAAUUAACUUAUUUUGACUUUCGUAAGAGUCCAAUAUACACUCCUAAAUAGAAAUUGACUCUCACUAUGCUUAAAAAGCAGUAAUGUGAAUUGACCUAUAAUAAAAUGACCUGUUGUGUUGUUUUAAGGCUAUUCCUAUAAAGCCUGUAAGCCUUUAAUCUUAGACAAUUAGAGAAUACUUGGAAAAUGUCCUUAAUAUAGCAGCACAAACAGUAUUACACUAUAUAUGUAUAUAGAAAUGUAUUGAAGAGAAAGCUUUAUACUUCACUACACUUAUCAUGUAAUAGAUUAUUAUAUUGCAACCCAUACAGUUAUUAGUUUACUCAGAUCAGUAAUUUAUAAGUCUUUAUAGAGAAUAGGUGACUUUUCUUGUAGAUCGAGAAUGCUAUUACUAAAUACAUUCCGCUCAAUUACAUUCAGCUGCAGACGAAAAAAUCCUAUAUAUGUCUAUGCAACAUUUUGUUAGGAGCUGUUUUCCUAAUGUAAAAUCUGAACUAUUGUCUUAAAACAAAUAAAACUUGUUUACAUUGUU